AAGGCGAGCAAACAGCAACAGCAGCACGUGUCCCAUAGUUCCAGGAGUGGGUGGGAUGGCUUGAGAGCAAACAAAUGACAGUGAGUUCACCAAGCCCUCCCAGUCAGACUCUUUUUCUCUCUCUCUCCCUCUUAUCCACUCGGUGUUGUUCCAAGUUCUGCACUAUUGUUUGCCUUGGCAGGCUGUUACAGGGAGGGGCCCCUCCACUGGUGUUUGUGCAACCUGUUAGGGAACUUUCAGGGCCAUAUUAUCUCUCCUCUGCUCCUUUCACUGGAUAUUCUCUCACCUUUUAGCCAAGCUUAUACUUUUAUGGCAUUCACAUGUGGUGUAAAAUGUAAUAGAGAAAAGGAUAUUGUUCUGUUCUCCGUGGAGGCAACACUAAUCUGUGGAGGACACAGCGGAGUCUGUCUCAGGAUUUACACCGCACUUGUGCGGAUCAGUAUGAAAUUGGACAGAACAGACAGAAUCCCCCUUUGCUUUCAUUCAUUAUUUUUUCUAUUUUCAAUACAUCAGCUCAUCAGUUUGGCCACUGCAACUUUCUCUGCCGCUCUUUUGUUCCAGUUUAACCUCAGCGAAGGUGCUCAGGUCUGUGGGCCUUUAUCCCUCUAUAGACAUUUUAAUUACGUCCACACUGUAUCAAUGGCACGAACAUGGCAACAGUUACCUAGCAACAAGAUCGACAAGAAUAAACUACAUGUAAGAUCGGUACCCAAGUUGUAUGCCUGCAGGUGAACUAAGGGAUUUUCUGAAAUCUUCUUGUUUUUAUGUUUUUUUGCCUCCUUCCCCUGGUGUGAUCUGCUGCAGCAGGAGAAACACAAAAAUAAGAGACGAGAACACAGAGGAGGAUGGUCCAUCACAGAGAAGAGGACCUGAUUGGGAUCCCCUUCCCCAAUCACAGCAGCGACGUCCUCUGUAGCCUCAACGAGCAGCGUCGUGACGGUCUGCUCUGCGAUGUCAUCCUCAUCGUCCGCGACCAGGAGUACCGCACCCACCGCUCUGUUCUGGCCGCCUGCAGCCAGUACUUCAAGAAGCUCUUCACAGUGGCCUCCAAUGAUGGUGCAGACCACCAUCACACUGCGGCCGUGUACGAAAUCGACUUUGUGGCCCCCGAGUCUCUCACUGCCAUCCUGGAAUUUGCCUACACUUCCACUCUGACCGUGACGGCAUCCAACGUCAAGGAGAUCCUGAACGCUGCUCAGAUGCUGGAGAUCCCAUGUAUCAUCAACGUUUGCCUGGAGAUCAUGGACAGUGGGGGUGGAGGAGGAGGAGGCAGUGGUGGAGGUAGGAGGGAGGAGGAGGGCGAAGAGGACGAGGAGGAGGAGGAGGAGGACGACGAGGAGGAAGAAGAGGAAGAGGAUGAAGAGGAGGGGUCCAGGAAGGAUGAGCAGGAUGAGGAGGACAAUCUCAGCGAGAGGUCGCUGCAGUCGUCCGAGAGCAGGGGGGAGCACACGCCUCCGGGGAGGGGGGAUUUUCAGCCUGCCAGCACCUCCACAUACCACCAGAAGUUUGAGGUGCACAGAGAGUCGCCACAGUCACAGUCUCCAGACAGUAUGAGAGGAAAACAGGAAAGUAUGGAGAGUCGCGCUCUGAAGGAUUUCUCCAUUGAGUCACUCCUCCAGGAAGGGCUGUAUCCCCGUACGUCAACACUGGAUCGGAGGGCCAACUUCUCUCCUCUCCUCCCAGGAUUCUACCCCUCUAUGUGGGCGGCUGAGUUCCCUGCUUUCCCACAGCAGCUCCUGGACCCCAGCCACCAUCAGCAUCCUCACACAGGGGCGUCGCUGCAAAGCAGGCUGCCCCAUGCUUUCUCCACCUCUGGCCCGCAUGAAGCCACCAGGCCUCUCGACCUAGCUGUAAAGAAAGAGAUCAUAAAGGAGGAGAUGAAAGAGGAGGCCCCCCCGAGUCUGCUCCACAGUGACUUCCUGAAGGAGUUUGUCAACUCUGGUCUAGGCAGCUCUAUGAAUGCUCGGUCAGUGCCGUCAGAAGGUCACGCUCUGGGUCAGAUUAAGGAUGAGGCGGACUUCCGCUCGUACCUGAGCUUCCUGAGCUCUGCAUCACACCUGGGGGCGCUCUUCCCUCCCUGGCAGCUGGAGGAGGAGAGGAAGAUGAAGCCCAAAGCGUCGCAGCAGUGUCCGAUCUGCAACAAGGUUAUCCAAGGAGCCGGGAAACUGCCACGGCACAUGAGGACGCACACGGGAGAGAAACCAUAUAUGUGCACUAUCUGUGAAGUACGGUUCACCAGACAAGACAAGCUUAAGAUCCACAUGAGGAAGCACACAGGCGAGCGUCCCUACAUCUGCCUCCACUGCAACUCCAAGUUUGUCCACAACUACGACCUGAAGAACCACCUGCGAAUCCACACAGGCGUGCGUCCAUACCAGUGCGAGCACUGCUACAAAAGCUUCACGCGGUCCGACCACUUGCAUCGACACAUCAAGAGGCAGAGCUGCCGGAUCUCGCGCCCCCGGCGCGGGCGAAAGCCAGCGGCCUGGCGCUCAACGCCCAACAGCAACUUUCUGUGUCCCCCGGCCGCUGCCACCAACCGGUUUGAGGAGAACGGGAUAAGCCCCGCGUACCAGGGAGUCAAGAGCCACGGACUUGGGGAGAUGCUUGGCCUCGGCAGUAGGAGUCUGGGAUAUAAGAGCGUGGAAGGUGCAAGCAGGGAGAGCAGGGAGGAACGGCGAGCAGAGGGGAAGCAUGUCGCAGAGGAGGAGAAGACAGGAGAAGGGAGGCAGAGGGGAGUGUUUGCCUUCACUCUGGCUGGAGAAGAAGUGCUUACCCGCUCGCCAUUUUACACUGCGACCUCUGACCCGUGGACCAUGAGACUGGAGCGUGCUCCACCCAUCUCUGAGGCGGCCAAAUGAACUCUGGUCUGCAGGAGGCGACAAAAGACAAGAAAGACAAACUCUUAAAUCUGUGUCAGUUCUGCUCCACGAAGCUAAAGCACCUUUAAAAGAAAAAAGAAAGAACUUUUUGCAGCCUGCUGAUGUGGCAGUGAUAAAAUACUUUUCCCCCCCCAGACAACAUAAACAAUUAAAACAAUUUGACAGAUGUCAUCGGUAGUUUCAGCCCCUGUGAAUGUUUCUUAUUACUUUGAUAACAUUUACAAAGGUUUGACACUGCAAAUGUGGAAAACACGAUAUGUUAUUUGCAAAAUUUACCGAGAAGGCCGUCUAAAAUGGUAUUCAUUCAGAAAUUACCAUAUUUAUUUAAUCUUCUCUGAGGCAAAAUAAGGUGACGUAUUCAUAUGCAAGAAAAUGCCAUUUGAUACCAAAAACAGGACAUUUCCCUCUCGUGUUACUACGCAUAAUAACAUUUUCAUAAAUUUUUUUAAAAACAAGCCUUUGAACAAAACACAUUUGAAUCAAGUUUCUGAUGCAUUUUGAAAGCAUUAAAAAUGAUUAGUUUGUAGCAGGGUGUUAUUUGGCACAUGUCCUGCAAGUGUGUUUGAUUCUGUGUUUGCUGAUUCCAAAACAAGGAGAGGGACCCACUUGAAGUUUGAUUAAUCAGGAUGUUUGAUAACACGUCACUUUCCUUCCACUGAUUUAAGCUCCUCGUCUGCACUAUUGUACAUAGAGACAAACGUUUGGCCAUUGUGGUGUUAAUUAUGGUUCUAUUGCUGAUGAUGAAAAAAAAAAAAAGAACAGAAAAGAUAAAAGAACUCUGAGGCAUCCAUCCAAAGAUGUGUACUUUGAUAUUUCACAGACUUGAAUAAAACUUUGUUUUAAUGUUUUAAUGUACAGUUUAUUUCUGAUUAAUCAAACUGCCGCUUUAGCUAUACAGUAUGCUUGUGUUUAUGUUUUCUCCUGCUGCAACAAAUCACGAGGGUGUCAGGCCCCUUUUUCAUAUAAUGUUCAUCUCUGAUUUGUGUAUAAAGAAGUUCAAAAAAAAAAUAUUUGAAUUGAAAUGGGAAAGUAUUUUCUUGCUAUUUAUGCAUAUUUAAAUGAAUGAGCCUUGGCUAUAUUUUGCAAAUCGUUUUAUAAAGACACUAAAUGUUCA